ACCUUUGACAACCAACGGUGCAAUGUGAUGUUUAUUGCGUUUGUCACAUUGUUUAUAACCGGCUGCAACUGUGAAUUCUGACAAACAUACAGCGCAAAAUACGGAUCUUUCAAGUAAACCACGAGAAACACAACAUUCGUGUGAGAAUAUUUAUUUCGAAAGCUGCAAACAAAUAUUUGCCAAAAGUGAAAAGUGAAUUGUAUUGAUGAGUGAUUGGCAUCUUGCCUGAAAAAAAAGUCCUUCCGAACCAAAAUGGCUCACAAGCGCAAAGCUGACGGGCAGAUGCCGGCAGAGGAGAACGAUUUGCUACUGAUACGACCUCUAGGCGCCGGCCAGGAGGUCGGUCGCUCGUGCAUCAUGCUCGAGUUCAAGGGCAAAAAGAUCAUGCUCGACUGCGGCAUCCAUCCGGGGUUGUCCGGGAUGGAUGCGUUGCCCUUUGUGGAUCUGAUCGAGGCGGACGAGGUCGACCUGCUGUUUAUAUCGCACUUCCAUCUGGAUCACUGCGGGGCGCUGCCGUGGUUUCUGCAGAAGACCAGUUUCAAGGGGCGCUGCUUUAUGACGCACGCAACGAAGGCAAUCUACCGGUGGAUGCUGUCGGAUUACAUUAAGGUUAGCAACAUCAGCACGGAGCAGAUGCUGUACACGGAGGCGGAUCUGGAGGCGAGCAUGGAGAAGAUCGAGACGAUUAAUUUCCACGAGGAACGGGACGUGAUGGGGGUGCGUUUUUGGGCCUACAAUGCGGGUCAUGUGUUGGGGGCGGCGAUGUUUAUGAUUGAGAUUGCGGGGGUUAAGAUUUUGUACACGGGGGAUUUCUCCCGGCAGGAGGAUCGUCAUUUGAUGGCGGCGGAAAUUCCCGCUAUGAAGCCGGAUGUGUUGAUCACGGAGUCGACCUACGGGACGCACAUUCACGAGAAGAGGGAGGACCGGGAGAAUCGAUUCACUACGCUGGUGCAGAAGAUUGUCCAGCAGGGUGGGAGAUGUUUGAUACCGGUGUUUGCGCUGGGUCGCGCUCAGGAACUGUUGCUGAUACUGGAUGAGUACUGGAGUCAGAAUCCGGAACUGCAGGAGAUCCCCAUCUACUAUGCAUCCUCGCUGGCGAAAAAGUGUAUGGCAGUGUAUCAAACGUACAUCAACGCUAUGAACGAUAAGAUUCGGCGCCAGAUUGCGGUCAAUAAUCCGUUCGUGUUUCGACACAUUAGCAAUUUGAAGGGAAUCGAUCACUUCGAAGACAUCGGGCCGUGCGUUGUGAUGGCUUCGCCAGGUAUGAUGCAGAGUGGGCUCUCGCGGGAACUGUUCGAGACGUGGUGCACCGAUCCCAAGAAUGGGGUUAUCAUUGCCGGGUACUGUGUGGAGGGGACACUCGCCAAAACGGUGCUGUCGGAACCGGAGGAAAUUACCAGCAUGUCUGGACAGAAGCUACCCCUCAACAUGUCGGUUGAUUACAUUUCAUUCUCGGCUCACACCGAUUAUCAGCAGACAAGUGAGUUCAUUCGGUUGCUCAAACCGACGCACGUUGUUUUGGUUCAUGGGGAACAGAAUGAGAUGAAUCGGUUGAAGUCGGCGUUGACGCGAGAGUACGAGAACGAUCCGAACGCAGAUAUUACACUGUACAAUCCGAAGAAUACUCACGCGGUGGAGUUGUACUUUAGGGGUGAGAAGACUGCCAAGGUUAUGGGAAGCUUGGCCGUGAAGAGCCCCGAGGAGGGUCAGAAGCUGUCGGGAGUAUUGGUUAAGCGAGACUUUAAGUACCAUCUGCUAGCGGCGUCCGAUUUGUCAAAAUACACCGACAUGAGCAUGUCGGUGGUGACCCAGCGCCAGAGCAUCCACUGGCAGGGUUCUGUUGCCAGUUUGAAGCUGCUCCUCGACCGGAUAGGCGGUCCUGGAACGGUCACUAGCGACCCGCCGGAUAACGAGAAAACGUUCAAAGUGUUCGACUGCAUCACGCUCACGUUUGACGGGAAGUUUGUGGUUAUGGAAUGGCAGGCGACUCCGGUGAACGAUAUGUACGCCGACACGGUGCUGGCCAGUAUGCUGCAAUCCGAGCUGAGCGGCAGCAUGGUAAAGGGUUCGGCGGGCCAGAAAGCGGACAGUAUGCACUACAAGGAGUGCCUGAUUGAAACGCUGCAGGAUAUGUUUGGGGAAAGUUCGGUGCCGAAGCUGUACGAGGGCGACAACCUUUGCGUGACAGUUAACGGUACCAUGGUGAACAUCAAUUUGACCACAUUGGAAGUCACAUGUGAGAAGGAUGAGAUUCUCUGCCAGACGGUAAAAACGGCAGUCAAUCAACUGCACCAGAGUCUAGUACAAACAUCUUAGGUGUUUCGCACCCUGAAACAUUAAUUGUUAUUAAGACAUCUCAGUUACGAGACCUAUAUUAUAUUGAAUAUGAAUACGUA